UUAAAGAAGUUAUUUACUACAAAUGACUCUACACACACACACACUCACGCGCGCGCGCACACACACACACACACACAAACCUUUUUAAAGAAACGCUAGAACCCAACCCCCUCUAGGCCAGAGGAAAACAUUACAGCUGUAUACGCACUUGUGCCUGUUGCCGUAGAGUAAUACGGUAGCAGCAGGAGAUUACGGUACUAGCUGGGCUACUGCCUGUGUUACGUCAGCGAGAGCUGCAAAGUUCCUUGCUAUUCUUUUCUGGUGUCGGGGAGCUGAAUAUUAAAAGGGUGAUUGUGGAGUUACCGGUUAUCUGCAUUUUUUUUUUCUUUUCUUAUUUUGACUCUUUAAAAAAUGCGGUAAAGUGACAGCGGUUCAGGAGCUUAAAGACAUCAGUGGUGGAGGGGUGAGUCAGCGGGUGCAAAAGGACAAGGAUUUGGUGCCUCGGAGACACGGUCCCCUCUCCGCCUCCAGAGAAGAGCAGGCAGGCAGCUCCCGGGACCGAAGCCGGGUCCGCAUCCCCCGCGCGCGAGCUGGUGGCUCAGCAGCGGCGCUUCAGGUGGACGCGGUCAAACGAUGCCCCGCAGCCGCCUGGGUCUCGGCACAUAUUCCACACCCACGUCCCCUGGCCUGUGCUCCUAGAAUCUGGAGAGAGCAGGCGCCUUCGGUGGGGCAGCUCAAAAUGUAGGUAACUGCGGGCCAGGAGCAGCGCCCAGAUGCCAUCGGUCCCUGCCUUUGAGCGUCGACGGCUGAUCCUCUGGUUUGAGGGAGAGACUGGCGCUGGAGUUUUGAAUUCCGAAUCAUGUGAGAAUGCUGAAUCUUCCCCCAGCCAGGACGAAUAAGACAGCGCGGAAAAGCAAAUUCUCGUAAUUCUGGAAUUGCAUGUUGCAAGGAGUCUCCUGGAUCUUUGCACCCAGCUUCGGGUAGGGAGGGAGUCCGGGUCCUGGGCUAGGCCAGCCCGGCAGGUGGAGAGGGUCCCCGGCAGCCCCGCGCGCCCCUGGCCAUGUCUCCUUUAAUGCCCUGCCCCUUCGUGUGGCCUUCUGAGGGUUCCCAGGGCUGGCCAGGGUUGUUUCCCACCCGCGCGCGCGCUCUCACCCCCAGCCAAACCCACCUGGCAGGGUUCCCUCCAGCCGAGACCUUUUGAUUCCCGGCUCCCGCGCUCCCGCCUCCGCGCCAGCCCGGGAGGUGGCCCUGGAGAGCCGGACCUCGCCCGGCCCCAGCUGGGACCAUGGUGUUUCUCUCCGGAAAUGCUUCCGACAGCUCCAACUGCACCCAACCGCCGGCACCGGUGAACAUUUCCAAGGCCAUUCUGCUCGGGGUGAUCUUGGGGGGCCUCAUUCUUUUCGGGGUGCUGGGUAACAUCCUAGUGAUCCUCUCCGUAGCCUGUCACCGACACCUGCACUCAGUCACGCACUACUACAUCGUCAACCUGGCGGUGGCCGACCUCCUGCUCACCUCCACGGUGCUGCCCUUUUCCGCCAUCUUCGAGGUCCUAGGCUACUGGGCCUUCGGCAGGGUCUUCUGCAACAUCUGGGCGGCAGUGGAUGUGCUGUGCUGCACCGCGUCCAUCAUGGGCCUCUGCAUCAUCUCCAUCGACCGCUACAUCGGCGUGAGCUACCCGCUGCGCUACCCAACCAUCGUCACCCAGAGGAGGGGUCUCAUGGCUUUGCUCUGCGUCUGGGCACUCUCCCUGGUCAUAUCCAUUGGACCCCUGUUCGGCUGGAGGCAGCCGGCCCCCGAGGACGAGACCAUCUGCCAGAUCAACGAGGAGCCGGGCUACGUGCUCUUCUCAGCGCUGGGCUCCUUCUACCUGCCGCUGGCCAUCAUCCUGGUCAUGUACUGCCGCGUCUACGUGGUGGCCAAGAGGGAGAGCCGGGGCCUCAAGUCUGGCCUCAAGACCGACAAGUCGGACUCGGAGCAAGUGACGCUCCGCAUCCAUCGGAAAAACGCCCCGGCAGGAGGCAGCGGGAUGGCCAGCGCCAAGACCAAGACGCACUUCUCAGUGAGGCUCCUCAAGUUCUCCCGGGAGAAGAAAGCGGCCAAAACGCUGGGCAUCGUGGUCGGCUGCUUCGUCCUCUGCUGGCUGCCUUUCUUCUUAGUCAUGCCCAUUGGGUCUUUCUUCCCUGAUUUCAAGCCCUCUGAAACAGUUUUUAAAAUAGUAUUUUGGCUCGGAUAUCUAAACAGCUGCAUCAACCCCAUCAUAUACCCAUGCUCCAGCCAAGAGUUCAAAAAGGCCUUUCAGAAUGUCUUGAGAAUCCAGUGUCUCCGCAGAAAGCAGUCUUCCAAACAUGCCCUGGGCUACACCCUGCACCCGCCCAGCCAGGCCGUGGAAGGGCAGCACAAGGACAUGGUGCGCAUCCCCGUGGGAUCAAGAGAGACCUUCUACAGGAUCUCCAAGACGGAUGGCGUUUGUGAAUGGAAAUUUUUCUCUUCCAUGCCCCGUGGAUCUGCCAGGAUUACAGUGUCCAAAGACCAAUCCUCCUGUACCACAGCCCGGGGACACACACCCAUGACAUGAAGCCAGCUUCCCGUCCACAACUGUUGUCCUUACUGCCCAAGGAAGGGGAGCAUGAAACCCACCACUGGUCCUGCGACCCACUGUCUUUGGAAUCCACCCCAGGAGCCCAGGAGCCUUGCCUGACACUUGGAUUUACUUCUUUAUCAAGCAUCCAUCUGACUAAGGCACAAAUCCAACAUGUUACUGUUAUUGAUACAGGAAAAACAGUAACUUAAGGAAUGAUCAUGAAUGCAAAGGGAAAGAGGAAAACAGCCUUCAGGGACAAAUAGCUCAAUUUUUUUGUAAAUCAGUUUCAUACAACCUCCCUCCCCCAUUUCAUUCUUAAAAGUCAAUUGAGAAUCAUCAGCCACGUGUAGGGUGUGAGGAAUUCCAUAAGGCACCCCAGUUUCUUCAAUAAGUAAAUGGAAUUUUAAAAAGGGGAACUUUUAUGGGUUAAAAUAUUCUUAAGAGACGUAUUCAUCAAGUAUACUGUACAAGCCUUGUUCAUUUAGAUUGAAACAAAGUGUAAAAAGACAUUUUUGAAGUAAUUGGAGAAAAUUAAGCAUAGGCUUUGUCCUAUUAGAUGUUAGAUAAUUAGAUCGUUAUUUUAAAUUUUGUUGGAUGUGAUAAUGGCAUUGUCCUUAACUGGUAAGUGCAUAUCGAAGUAUGUUUGCAAUUUGUUUUAAAGUUUUAUUGCCAAAAGUGGGGAAGCAAGUGUGAUAGAUGAAAUAAGAAUGGCAGGCAAGGCCACAUGCCGUUCUUCCAUGUUUGUGCAUGUUUGAAAUUUUUCAGAAUAAAAUAUUUUAAAAGAAAAAAAAAGUUAGGCACAUUUAACUUGUAAAAGUUAGUGUCCCUCAAAUUCUAGAACAUUCAUAGACAUGAAAAUCACGCUGCAAAACAAAAUCCCCUUCGUUCAAAGAGAGCUGCUGUUGCAGUCUCUGCUCUCUCAUUUCUUUAUUCACUCUAUAAUAUUCAGUGUGGGCUUACUGUGCUCCAGCGCCAAGUCCAGGGGAUGGAGAAUAACAAGGGCAGAGACAUAGUCCUUGCCCUCCAAGCACCUGUGAUGGUAAUACAGUGCCAUGGGAGCUUGGUGAAGGGCCUCAGCCGGCUGCAGAGUUAGGCUUAUCAAAAGUGGUGAUCUCUACGGUGAAUCCUGGAGGACACAAUGGGGUGGGGAACAGAAACAGUUGUUCCAGGCAAAGAAGGGAGGAAUCUGUGCCAAGGCCCAGGGGCUGGUGAACCUCAGGCGUGUGCUGGGGGUGCUGCCUCCUCCCAAAUAUCGGGGCACAGGGAAGUCAGUCUCGCUUAUCAUGGUGGCCACUUGGCUCUACAAACCCCCAUUGCCCAAGUCCCCACAGGCAAACCACACAACUGCUCUUCUUCUCACUCUUUUUUUUUAAGCCAAGAAAGAACUCACUGAAACAGCCAGUCAGGGAUGAGUCCAAGGCUUUCCUGACAGAGUGACCAUGUUUGGCUUGGCUGAAAAUCACAAAGCCUUGGUUUCCCAGUUGUGUGAUUCUCUUUGUUCUAAAGGCUUAGUGCAGCAUUACAGUGGGAUGGCUAAACAGAAAAAAAAAAAAAAAAAAAGGACGUCUAUUUCUUUCUCUUCAUACGAAUAAAUAUUUGCUCAAGAAGGGAAGUGCUUAAUUCUUAAGAAUAACCAAAUGCUUUGGACGUCUUAACAAGCAAAUCAUAUACAAAGCAAUUCAGUGUUCCUACUAAUUGAGAAAUUGUUUUUAGCAAGAAGAUGUUAUGCAGCAUGUUUUUAAAAAACAAGUUUUUCCAACAACAGCAACAAAAAGAAAAAACAGAAAAUAACUGAAUCACUAUAAUAUCCCCAAAGGCUGGCUUUCACACCAUCCAAGGGUCACAGCUCACGCUACAUUGAAGCGUAUGAAACAGUGUCUGCUUGUGUUACAAACCUGAUGGAGCAGAGGUGGGGCAGGGGGGAAAUGAAAGCAAAAGGGACAGACUUGAAGCUGCACUUUUGCAAUCAACUAACAGUUAGGAAGGACUUGACUUGCUGGGGCUAAGGAAAACAAAUCUGGAGGUUCAUUUUGCCUGUGAAAUUAAAAUUAUACUUUAGUAAAUAAAGCUGACGCCAUUUAACCAUGAACCCGGUGACAUUUCCUGGCUUGCUGCAGCGUUUCUGCUUGUCUCCUUGUUACAUUUGUUUAAAAUACAAACACAGCAUUUCCACGUUGCCAGAGAAGCAAAUGUGGGCUGACUGGCUGGUUUUAGCUGCUAUGGUUUUUCUGUAACCUUUAACAAUUGUUGUGACAAAUAAGAUUCCAUGUAAGGUGCAAUUUCUAACUGUGCAGUGUUUGUGAACCACAUCCACCUUCUCCAGGUUUGGUAUUUGGUCGACUAAGUUGACAAUGUCAUUACCUUUCCUUCCAUUUAAAAAAAAAAAAAGUUAAUCUGAAUCGUGCUGAGAGUUUGGUAUGCACGCUAUACUAUUCAAGGGAGCAUUCUCUUCUAUGUCAGAAUAAUAUAUUUAUGUGUGUGAAUCAUUAUACUUGAAUUUGUGGCAACAUUUUGUAUCAAUGAAUAUAUAUGACACCCAGGCUGACUACAAUGGCUUCAAAGAGUUUAAUUUCUCUUAAAUGGACUCAGUAUCCUUGGAAUGUGCUGUUUAAGUGUUUCUGAAUUUUCUACACGCCAUUUUUACAGGUCCAUCUGUUUAUGAUGUGAUGUGAUAAACAAUCACGUUGAUUUUAUGUUUCUUUUCAAAGAAAAUGAAUGUAUAUAGUACUAAGCAGAUGAAUAAAUUAUUGAAAAAAUAUACUUCAUGGAUCAUGCCCACUGAUAAAAAUGAAUUUAUUUUAUUUGUUGAACAAACUGACUGUUCAAAUUAUAAGAAUUUAUAUUGUCCUUAUUAAUAUGAAUGCCAUCUAUUUAAGUGUUGUUCAAUAUUGAUAUGUGUUCUCUAAUAAAAUAUUUUAAACCUCUUUCUUUAAACACAUAACACCCUAGUUUUUCA